AUGGCACCGCAAUCUCUGAAAGAACUUGCUGUUGAUUUCAUUAAACUCGAAAGGUUUGAUGGUUCCUCGUUCAAGCGAUGGCAGAAGAAGAUGCAUUUCCUCCUUGCUGGACUGAGGGUGGCUUAUGUGCUUACAACUCCCAAACCUGUAGCGCAUGAGAACGAGACAAUUGCUGAUACUCGGACAAGGAUGAAAUGGGAGCAGGAUGACUACAUCUGCAAGGGCCACAUCUGCAAUGCUAUGGUGGAUUCUCUGUUCGACAUCUACCAUAGCAAAACAACGGCCAAAGAUGUCUGGGAUGCACUCGAGGCAAAGUAUCUUUUAGAAGAUGCUACAAGUAAGAAGUUCUUGGCCUCUAAAUUUAUGAAUUACAGAAUGGUUGAUGCUAGACCUAUUGUUGAACAAUUUAACGAAAUUCUGCAUAUUUUGAGUCAAUUUGGUCAGCAUAACAUGAAAAUGGAUGAGGAAAUUGCUGUCUCAUCCAUCAUUGAUAAACUUCCUCCCUCCUGGAAAGAACAGAGAAAGAUUCUGAAACACAAAAAGGAGGAGAUAACUGUUGAUUAG